AUGCCGCCCUCGAUCUGCGCCGUGUGCAAGACGAACCGCGCACUCAUCCUCCGCCCAAAGGACCACGCCAAGCUCUGCAAGCCCUGCUUCAUCACCGUCUUCGAAACCGAAAUCCACCACACCAUCCUCUCCACCAGCCUCUUCACCCGCGGCGAGCGCAUUGCAAUCGGCGCGUCGGGCGGCAAGGACUCGACGGUGCUCGCGUCUGUGCUCAAGACGCUGAACGAGCGCUACGACUACGGCCUCGACCUCGUGCUGUUGUCCAUCGACGAGGGCAUCAGGGGCUACAGAGACGACAGCCUGGAGACGGUCAAGCGCAAUGCGGAGCAAUACGACAUGCCCCUGACGAUCCUGGGCUAUGCUGAGCUGUACGGCUGGACGAUGGACCAGGUUGUCGAGCAGGUGGGCAAGAAGGGCAACUGCACGUAUUGCGGCGUCUUCCGCAGACAGGCGCUGGACCGCGGCGCGAGUCGUCUUGGCGUCAAGCAUGUUGUGACUGGCCACAACGCGGAUGAUGUUGCCGAGACGGUGCUCAUGAACUUGCUGCGAGGCGACCUCCCCCGCCUCUCGCGCACGACCUCAAUCGUCACCUCGACCCCCUCUCUAACCCCGUCCUCUGGCCCCGUCGCGGACAACACCAACAUCAAACGCUCCAAACCCCUCAAGUACGCCUACGAGAAGGAGAUCGUCCUCUACGCGCACCACAAGCAACUCGACUACUUCAGCACCGAGUGCAUAUACAGCCCUGAAGCGUUCCGCGGCAGCGCGCGCGCUCUGAUCAAGAACCUAGAGCGAGUGAGGCCCAGUGCGAUUCUAGACGUGGUCAGGAGCGGCGAGGACAUGGCGCGCCUGGUGCCUGGGAGCGACGAAGGCUGCGGCGGGGCCUGUGGAUCCGGCGCCGCAGUGCCGGCGGAAGAGGAAGAGGGUGGAUGCGGCAGCUCCGUAGGCAAAAGCAUGGCGUCCGUGGAAAGCCAGCUGGCCGCCAACGAGCGCGCCGCCGAACACAACCUCGAGACGGAAAUCACGCUGAAACCCGCAACCCCCGCACCAGCCCCGGCCGCUUCGAAGGGCCAGAAGAAGCCCCGCGCCGAACGCACCGGCGGGCCAAAGAAGAAGGGCCCCAACAAGCAGGUCAUGGGCCAGUGCAAGAAGUGCGGCUACCUGUCCAGCCAGGACGUCUGUAAGGCCUGCGUGCUCCUCGAGGGUCUGAACAAGAGCAGGCCGAAGAACAAGAUCGAGGUUGGCUACGAGGUGCAGGACGUCAGCCUAAACAGCGUGAGGGACGAGCUGGAGGCUGCUAUCCUGGCCGCAGACGGCUGA